AUGGAUGAUGACCAGUACCAUAGGAUCACAUCGAUGUUGAUCUUCAUUUUAUCUGCAACAAUGAAUUCACUUUUCAUUUUCACCAUUCAAGCCAAACCACGACAGAAUAUUGGCAACUAUAAACAUUUGAUGACCUGCUUCGCCAUAAGUGAUAUAACUUUUGCUUUACUAGGAUUUAUCAGCGCUCCGAUUAUUUACGCAGUAAUUGUCACUUCGUUAAUUUCUACCAAAUUAUAUGACACUACGUUGAAAAAUAAGGAUGCAUUCGACUUUGGAUCGAACGUUGGAGGAAUUGAUUUGGAGGCUUUUAAG